CCAGAAGCAACUCUUUGAAAAUUCCUAGAAUAAACUCCAGGAAGAUUCCCAGGAGGAGCUCUUGGAGGAAACUCAUUUAGAAAUUCUGGAGAAAUCUCAAAGACGAUUCUAUAGGGAAGCCAGCAAAAUGAUUUGAAGGAAUCGAAGAUCGAAGUUCAAGACGAAACUCCUGUAGAAAUUUCACAACUUGAAGGAUUCUGUUAAGGAAGUCUUGGAGAUAUUCUUGGACGAGUUCGAGAAGCAUUUCCUGAAUGGAUGCCAAAGAGAAAUAUUUGAAAAAUCCCGAAAACUCCUGAUGAAAUCUCAGAAAAACUUUGAGAGGGAUCAUAGGAAGAACUAGAGGAUCCCCAGAAGGAGUUCCUUAAGAAAUUAGUUAUAGAAGAAUUCCGAAACUCGUCCCAAUUGAAACAAGCUAAAGGCCUCAAUUCAAAACGCCCCUGGAAAUCACCUUAUAACUGCCUUUAAAUUCACCCAUAAACUUCGGCUCAACUCUGCCUCUACCCACAAGUACGUUGUCUUGGUCUAGUAAGUUUAUUUAUCGUCAAGCUACAGUACUGGACAGAAUAAAGUACACAUAAUUUCAUAAAAAGUUAAAUUUCAAGCUAUUAAGUGUGCCCAGUUAAAUUUUGAAGUCAGUCUUUGCAAUGAAAGCUGAGAUUCAGAGCUUCAAACUUGAGCAUUUUGUAUGAAAAUUGACCAAUGCGUAUUUUAUUCUGGCCAGUACUGUAUAUCUUCGCUGAUUUUUUUUUGCAGAAAAGCUGUUGGCGCGCGAGAAACCAACUGGCAACACGGAUCAAUCCUGAUUUGACAGGCGGUCGUGGAUACUACCUACCUCCUGAGACGUCAUUCUGUCAUCGUGAUAGAUCGUAAUGACUAAGCAUUAUUAUGCAUUGCAUCUGAACUGAUUUAUUUAUAUUGAAUAUCAAAAGUAAUCGAAUUUGUAAAAUUAGUUUAAAUUUAUUAAUAUUGUUUGCCGGUUCACGAAUUAGAAGUAUGUAGCCUAUAGGCAGCCGUUACACCUACUAGUGGAGAGAAUUUAUAUAGCCCAAGCUGAUAGUACUAUACAGUAAGCUAGAUCUUGACUGCUUAAAUACGUGCAUAUUACGAUCUUAAAUUUAGUUUCAGGAGGUCUAGCAGACCGAAUACUUAAGGUUGAUAUUAGGAUAGGACAUUCGGAAAGUCCACUGAAUUGUAAGUAGAGUAGCUACGAUCUUAUCCAUGUUCCUUUCCAUAACCGCAAACAUAUUUUCAGCUUUGAAGCACCUUCUAAUAAACCGCUUUCGAACAUCAGUGCGAACUUUUUGUCCUGUAUCAACAUCUUCAAAGAAUUCAUGGCAAACGACAUGGAUUCGGUUGGCACACCCGAUCCGAUAAACUCAGGAUGUGUUGCGUGCAACAGAUCGCAUACGGCGGAUAACUUCGUAUGUUGCGAUAAAUGUAACUGCUGGUGGCACUUUUCGUGCGCUGGUGUAACGGCAUCUGUCGAAAAUCGUGAUUGGCUCUGCUCACGGUGUCUACCAGUUACACACGCCCGAGUAUCACUGGCUUCAUCCGCUGGAUCAGUCACUUCUAGUCAGCGGCGGCGUCACGAAGAACAUCUAGCUCUCCUGGCGGAGCAACAACAGUUAGAGAAGCAGCAGCUGCAACAGGAGCAUGAACUGCAACGGAAACAUCUGGAGCAAAAACGCCAACUAUUGUCAGUGCAGGAAGCUGACGAGAACCAAAGCGUUCGUAGUCGUCGUUCCGUCCACUCCCGCACUAGUCAGUGGGUCAACAAACAUGCAGAUAUCGUACCUGUGUGCGAGGAAGGUGGCGCAGUGGGAGGAAUCUUACCCCAGCAGGGCGCCCACUCAUCACAGGUAAACGGUAACCAGUGGCUAGCGGGUCAAGAUCCAUCAGAGUCGCAAGUCAUCAAGGAGCUUCAAAACAAGUUGAGGCAGAAUGAAGCAGAUUCUCGGCAACAGAUCGAAAUUCUGAAAACCCAACUCGAGAAACUACAAGUCGAGUUACAAACUAAAGGAGCUGAUCAAACGACCUCAAUAACAAUCGAAAGAGGAGCAAUACCAAAACAUCGCCCGGUGUUGCGGAACGUGCCUCCGGUGUCAGUACGCCAGUCUAACCCGAUCGAUUGGGAAAUAUCUCCCGUAGAAAUGGGAACAUCCAAACCAGUAGCAACAGAACAGCAGGUCAGCCGCGUAUUCCGAGGUCAAGUGGAUGUAGGAGCCCCGAUGAUGCCCACCAUUCCGAAUCAAGAAUCUCCAGUUGUAGAUACGGAACAACAGCGAGGCCUUCCGACUACUGCGAUCAACAGAGACCGCAUACAAAAAUCCGUCACGAACAAUUCGGUACAGAAUCGCCCACCACCGGAAAGGCGGCCUGGUACUAUGCCGAUGCCACAGAUGCCCCUCGGGAAUCAGGCAAGAUCGUUUGAUUUUCCUCCACCGGUAGCCCACCAUGGAAACGUGACUAGAAUUACAUUAUCACCAGAACAACUGACGGCCAGGCAGGUGCUCCCACGCGACUUGCCAGUGUUCUCCGGGGAUCCAGCUGAUUGGCCCGUAUUUAUUAGCAACUACAACUACACCACUGAAGCCUGUGGGUAUAGUGAAGGCGAAAACAUGAUUCGGCUACAACGCUGCCUAAAGGGUGCCGCCUGGGAAUCGGUGAGGAGUAGGCUGAUCCUCCCAGCAUCUGUACCCCAGGUCAUCGAAUCUCUGCGGAUGCGGUUUGGCCGAGCCGAUCUAUUAAUUGAAUCGCUUAUUGAAAAGGUCAGAACAUCUUCAGCUUUGAGAGCUGAUAAGCUAGACACGUUGAUAGAGUUCGGAACAUUGGUUCAAGGACUCCGUGAUCAUAUCAUCGCAGCAGAGCUGUUAGAGCAUCUGGAAAAUCCAACGCUCCUCAAGGAUCUGGUAAAUAAGCUCCCUGUGGACUAUAAAAUGAAGUGGGCGGGCUAUCGAAGGCAGGCUGGUGCUGUUAACCUAGAAACGUUCAGCAUGUUUAUGGCAGGAAUUGUGGAGGACGCAUAUAGCGUGUCAACCCUAGCGCCAAGUGAAAGGCCACCGAGACGUGACAAACAACACACCGAUAGAAGUUUUGUACACAACGAAACUGACGUGAACGAUCUGGCUCUAAAUCAUGAAAACAGGAAAGAAACUCGUAAUGUUUCCGAAAUCGUAUGUUCAUUUUGCCGCAAACCUGGGCACCGAACGAAGGAAUGUACAUCCUUUUUAGCCCUGACCGUCGACGAACGCUGGAAACAGGUACACAACCAAGGACUCUGUCGAACAUGUCUAUUCGGACACGGGCGCAGAACAUGUCGUAGCACGAACCGCUGUGGAGUAGACGGUUGCUACUUCCGUCAUCAUCCACUGCUACACUCUCGCAUUUCGAUUCCUCAGCACCAAGCAGUUGAACAUAAUGUACAUCAACAAGAGAUCGAUCUAACCAAAUUGUUUUUCCGUAUCAUACCUGUGACACUCCAUGGACCGACAGGAAGCAUAGAUACGUUUGCCUUCUUAGAUGAAGGUUCGUCGUUGACGAUGAUAGAGACCAGUUUAGCGAACAAACUAGGAAUCGACGGGCAGGAACAUCCACUUUGCCUAAAAUGGACAGGUAACAUCACGCGCGAGGAGAAACAGUCCUGCAGAAUCGCCUUGGAGAUAUCAGGACUACGGAACAAAAAACGUUAUUGGAUGAGCGACGUUGGUACAGUUCCAUCACUGGACUUGCCUGUACAAACUCUGCCAAUACAACAUAUGAGACACCGCUAUACCCACCUCCGCGGAGUUCCAAUUGAUGGGUACCGCGAUGCUGUACCUCGCUUACUGAUUGGUAUUGAUAACCUGAGGCUGACACUGCCUUUGAAAACACGGGAAGGUGAACAAGGUCAUCCGGUAGCAGUGAAAACACGUCUGGGAUGGUGCGUUUAUGGAGGACAACGAGAUGGCCGUCGAGAACCUGUGAGCUUCCAUAUUUGUGAAUGUGAAGACGGAAGAUCGAUGGAGAACACCAUAACUGCAUAUUUCGCCACGGAGGAGGUAGGAGCCCGCCCAGUCGCUGAAGGUCUGUCGAAAGAAGAGCAACGUGCACUGCAGAUAUUGCAACAAACUACAAUCCAUGUCGGUACACGAUAUGAAUCUGGACUCCUUUGGCGAUAUGAUCACUUUGAACUGCCGGAUAGUUAUCCAAUGGCUUUCAAAAGGUUGCAGUGUCUACAACGCAGGAUGAACAAGGACCCGGUGCUGAAAGAAGAACUCCAUAGGCAGAUUCAAGAGUAUAUAAGAAAAGGGUACGCGCAUAGGGUCACAACCGAGGAAUUAGCAUCGAUCGAUCCACGGCAGCAAUGGUUCCUACCUUUAGGAGCGGUUGUCAAUCCUAAAAAACCGUCUAAAGUUCGAUUGAUUUGGGACGGGUCUGCAAAAGUCGAUGGCAUAUCUCUCAAUAGCAUGCUGUUGAAAGGACCCGACCAAUUAUCGUCUCUUCCAGCUGUUGUAUUUCGCUUUCGGCAGCACAAGGUGGCCAUAGUUGGUGACAUCAAAGAAAUGUAUCACCAAAUACGUAUCAGUAAGUCUGACCGGUAUGCGCAGUGCUUCUUAUGGUCACCCGAUCCCUCAUCAGAACCGGAAAUAAUGGUGAUGGAUGUGGCAACUUUCGGAGCUACUAGUUCCCCAGCAACUGCACAGUUCGUGAAGAACACGAAUGCCAUGAGAUUCGUCGAAAUGUUUCCGAGAGCAGUCGAUGGGAUCAUCCACAACCACUACGUGGAUGAUUACCUCGAUAGUUUCCCCAAUGAAGAACAGGCUAAACAGGUAGCGACCGAAGUUCGAGAAGUGCACAAAAGCGGUGGAUUUGAAAUCCGCAAUUGGUGCUCCAACAGUCAAGCGGUAUUGGAACACCUGGGUGCAGGGCAAGAAAAAUCAGUGAAAUGCUUGAAUCUGGAGAAUAAUAUUAUAUCAGAACGCGUUUUGGGCAUGCUGUGGAGGAGCGAAGAAGACGUAAUCUGUUUUGAGACUGCUAUGCGUGCGAACAUAAGGAUACUCAUCGAAACGAACAUCAAACCGACCAAGCGUCAGAUAUUGCAGUGUGUAAUGACGCUAUUCGAUCCCCUGGGCCUCUUGGCGCCUUACCUGAUAUUCGGAAAAAUCCUUAUCCAGGAUGUGUGA